CCUUCCUUUUUUACGCACUGCCUCGGACGGGCGGGUAUGCUGUGGACUCGCCCGCUAGACGCCGUGGUUGCUGCUUGGCAGGAUAAGGAUUUUAUUCCUCACUGCUAUGGGGGCAAGAAGUAUUCCAGAAAGGAAUCAUGAUCUCUGAUGCUGUACUGAAAUCUGUUCUUCCGUUUCCUGAAAAUCUGAAAAAUAAAUUUCUGGUUUUUUAUCUUAUUCUGAGCUUAUAUCUACUAUAUAUACAAGCCAGCAGUCAAUUGGAAGCUGUGCUACAGGACCUGGAAAAGAUUAAAGUCAACUCUGAGAUUGAUGCCUAUUUAUAUACUGCAGAUUUAAAUUAUCCCAGUCAUUGUAAUCUAUCAGUGAUAAAAUGCUUUCAGCUUGAGAUGGAAGUAGUUUUGUAUGAAUCUAAAUUUGAGGAUCGAAAUUUUUGUAAUAGUGUGUAUCGUAUAGUCAGAAUUGUUAAAUAUUUUCUAUCCUUUGAAACGAAUACAGAUACAUACACCUGCCAACGAUGUGAAACAUAUAAAGAAAAAAAAUAUUCAGAAUUUAUAGAAAACUUCAAGUUUGUCAUACAGCGGAUCAACAGAGAAGAGAAGAAAAAAUGAAAAUUGUGUACUGAGAUACUUCAUUGAAGCUGGAAGAAAUAAUGUAUUUUCUUCUUGGAAAGAUAAUUUCUCAGUGGUCAACCUAAUCCCAUCUCUCUCUUUUUUUCCUCUUCCCUUCUGGGAGUUUGAAGUAGAGGUAGUCCUCAUUUAGUGACCAUUUGCAGUUACAAUUAUGAUGAAAAAGUAACUUUUCAACCAAUCCUUGCAUUUGUACAGCAAAGGAAAUUUAAGUAAAAUCAUAGGCACAGUUGAGUUUCCACUUAGCAACUACUUUCCUUAAUGACAGUUGUGGGUCCCAAUUGGGAUAGUUAAACAAAUACUACCUGUAACUAAAGUAGCUGAACCACACCUAUGCACCAAUUAUAAAAGGAGUUUGCCUUCUGCUUCAAGAGAGGAGAUCACAUUUAUAUACUGAAAAAGAAAAAGAGAAUCCAAAGAGGAGGAAAUUGGGGAACAUCCGGACUGAAUUGGCUUUGGACAGUGACUGAAAAUGUGAAAAAGAUGGGUGCAGAUUCAGAAACACACAACUGAAAGAUGAAUGUAUCUGCUUCUUCAUGAAAUCCAGAAGUGCUGAAUAGCAUAGCAGCCAAAGAGAGAGCUGAGUAAACCUGGUAAUUUACAAAGUUGUAGGCAAUUCAAACUUCUUGUACAAGAAAGGGACGAAAAGUGGAAAAGGAGUUUACAGAAAUUAUGAGAAGAUAAACAUAGUGGUAAGAUGUAGAAAUAAGUAGGUAUCAUCAUUUAAUUUUAAAUCCUUUCCUUGGUUUUUUUUUUAGUAACCCUUCAGUACAAAUCUGUCACAUGGGUAAGAGGAUCUGGAUAGAAAUGUAGAGGUGGAAUUGCUUUGUCAUCACAUAUCAUUUGAUGUUACACUUUAGGAUAUUACUGAUAUUGCAUGCACAUAUGUCAGUGUUAAGAGGUACAAAUGCCAAAUCUAAGAGGAAUUUUUCUUAAUUAUUUUUCUCAAAGAUCUCUAUAUAUAAAAGCUUAAAACAAUCUUAUCAUCCUUAAUUCUGGAUAGAAUUACUGCAUAAUUUGGGGGUGCUUCUAGACUUGCAACGUCUGUUUGAAGAGCAGGUGGCAGUUAUGAUAGGGUCUUUGUGCAGUUGCCCCCUUUCCUGGAUCAUAAGGCCCUGCAUGUAAUCACUCAUGCCUUGGUCAUCUCCCAGUUGGAUUACUGCAAUAUUCUCUAUGUGGGGCUACCCUUGAAAAGUAUUCAGAUGCUACAACUGGUAUAGAAUGCAGUGGUGCAGAGAGUUUUGGAGGUACCUCAGAUGGUACAUGUGACGCUGCUAUGUGAGCUGCACUGGCUGCCAGUUUGCUUCCAUGUCCAAUUCAAGUUGUGGUUAUCACCUUUAAAGCCCUUUAUGGCAUGGGCCCAGGGCAUAUGAAGACCAUCUCACCCCAAUGAGACUAGCCCACUCCACUCACUCCAGUGGGAAAGGGCUAUUUUGGAUUCUAUUAGCCAAAGAAUUUAAACUGCUGGGGUCCAGGAGAAGAGCUCUGUAAAAACAAGAUUCUGGAGAUGUAAAACAAUGACAAACUUGAAAUUCUGGAGAGUAAGAGAGCAAUUGUUGACAGAGAAUUAGAAUUAGAAAGAGAACUAGAUAAUAUGGCUCUAUUGGCUUUGCCAUUGAGAGAGGGAAAAUGACAUUUACAGUAUUCCCAGGGAAUUCUGAUGAAUUUUUUUUUAAAAAAAGUUGCUAAAGUUUUAGAAAAUGUUUUGGAUUGGGAUGAGGAGGUAUAAAUUGGUAGAAAUUGAUAAGGUUUAUAGAAUAAAUACAAGAUUUGUGAGAAUAAGAAAUGUUCUGAGGGAUGUUUUGGGGCCCUUUGUCAAAAAGAAGACAAGGAAUCAAAGUUUGCAGCAGCAUUUUAAUACAAGAUCGAAGAUAAUACAGCUAUAAUUGUUCUCAAAGACAUUCCUGUAAGAAUCUUCGGUAAAAGAAAUGAGUAUUCUUUUUUAGCCUGAGAGAUUAAAGCAAAAAAAAAAAAAGAUUUCAUUUCAAUGGGACAAAUUGAUAGUGUGAUUUUUACUUUCAACCAAUGUAUUUAAAAUGUGGUCAUUUAUAGUCUUUAUCUGGGUCUUUAUCACAUAGUAAUAGACUGAUUUUGCAUGAAUAAAAUGUAAUUCGCUGUUUAAAAAUUAGUUAUAUCAAUUUAUUGAAGCUUAUUUGGAUUUUCUUUGGGUGGUUUUUCUAUUUUUUCUUUCUUCUACAUGUUUUCUAGAAAUGUUUUUCUUAUAAUAGUAGUUUGUGUAAUUUAGCAAUAAAAAAU